AGGACGCCAUUGCAGCCGCAGCUGGCCGUCUGUGAGUCGGAUGAGGAGGGACAAACGGUACGAAACUCUACCAUGUCGAGGGACUUUCGAAGAUUUUUCAGACUCGGCAAUCAGUUACAUGGUCACAUUGUGGAAACCGAGAAGUAAUGGAUGGUUUGCCUCUUCGGAGGAGAAAAUGCGGAGCCCCGACACCGAACCAAAGCAGCAGCCUCAUACUGUUCCCUCACCAGUCCAAUGGCCCAGUCUCUCACCAUGAACACCAGUAGAAACUGCACUCCAGUGGGAAAUGGUGAGGGUCUGGCAGCCCUGGAGUCUGUAUCCAUUGUGACCAUCACACUCCUUGCCUGCCUGGGGAACCUCGUGAUUGUGGUGACCCUCUAUCGCAGGCCUUAUUUGCUCACUCCCAGCAACAAGUUUGUGUUCAGCCUGACCCUGUCCAACCUGCUGCUGUCCAUGCUGGUGCUGCCAUUUGUCGCCGUCAGCUCAGUGAAGAGAGAGUGGGUGUUUGGUGUGGUGUGGUGCAACUUCACUGCUCUGCUCUACCUGCUCAUUAGCUCUGCUAGCAUGUUGACGCUUGGAGCUAUUGCCAUUGACAGAUACUACGCUGUGCUCUACCCCAUGAUCUACCCCAUGAAGAUCACGGGCAACAGGGCGGUCGUGGUCAUUGCCUACGUGUGGUUACACUCCCUGGUGGGCUGCCUGCCUCCUCUGUUUGGCUGGUCGUCUUUUGAGUUUGACUGUUUCAAGUGGACCUGUGUUGCUUCUUGGCACAAAGAGCCGGGCUACACGGCCUUCUGGGUCACCUGGUGCAUUCUCCCGCCUUUCAUCAUCAUGCUGGCCUGUUAUGGCGUCAUUUUCCGUGUCGCCCGCACAAAAGCUCGAAAGGUACAUUGCGGGACAGUCGUCGUGGCCCAGGAUGACAGCACUGGAAGUCAGAGAAAUGGACGCAAGAACUCAAGCACCUCGACCUCCUCUAAUGGAAGCCGGCGGAGCCUUAUCUACGCUGGCAGCCAGUGCAAGGCCUUUGUCACUAUCUUAGUGGUGAUCGGUACUUUCCUCAUGACCUGGGGGCCGUACGUUGGGGUGGUGUGCACAGAAGCAUUGUGGGGGCAGGGCCGUGUGUCCCAGUGGUUGGAGACUUUAGUGGCAUGGCUGUCCUUCUGCAGCGCUGUGUGCCAUCCACUAAUCUACGGUCUAUGGAAUAAAACAGUGAGGAAGGAGCUGCUGGGAAUGUGUUUUGGAGAUCGCUACUACAGAGAGUCAUUCGCCACACGGCAGAGGACGUCACGCCUCUUCAGCAUCUCCAACAGAAUCACAGAUUUGGGUAUGUCCCCUCACCUGACGGCCAUGUUGGCUGGUGGAGGCCAGCUGAUGGCGCCUGGAAGCAGCACAGGAGAUACUGGCUUCAGUUUCACUCAGGACUCAUGUACAGAUGUGAUGCUGCUGGAUAACUUCUCUAUAGAUGGCUCCUCCCACCUGCAUUACCAUGGAAACCAGUCUGGGAAGAGGAGGAGCUCGGUCACCUUUGAAGACCAGGUGGAGCAUUCCAAAGCUGAAAAUAACAACACGUCCUCAGUCCAAGUCCAUGCAGAGGUGCACAAAUCCCUGGACAAGUUUGCCUCGUGUCUGGCGAAGGCUAUAGAGAGUGACGCCAAGCUGACCCUCUUUGGAGAGGAUUUAACUUCACCAGGGGGGCUGUUCACCACCAGGGCAGCACCAAGACCCCGAUACAUGGAUGGUCAGAGACUGAGGUUGGAGAGUAUCGAUGAAGGGAUUGUCAAAGAUGACCGAGAGGAAGAAGAGCAGGAUGUGGACGAAAAGCCGAUCUGAACACACCUGAACUGUUCCCUGUGUGGGUACGUCACAGACCCUCCUCAUUUCCACCCCCUUCAUCUGCAAAUACCAUAUUCUGAGACAUGGUACAGUUUAUGAAGUCUGGUCUCUACAUGAGAGCUUCAUACUUGAAAUUAUUAGGAAAUGCUGAGAAGCAGAUGAUUCAUUCCAUGUUGGACCAAGUGUACGACGUCUUUUGUAUCGAUGAUGUUAGCGAAUAGGAAACUUUAACUACUGUAAACCUAAAUGGUCUGAUUGUUGUAGUAAUAUGUUUACUACUAUAUACUAUAGGUGCCUUGUUCUUGCAGUUUGUGGGAACGUCAUUGGAACUGGGCAGUUUAGGAAAUAUAUCUUCUCUAAAAUGUUUUCUAGAGAAUAAGAAAAAGUUAGAUGUUUCAAGCUCAUAUUGGCUCUUGUUCAAGUACAAACAAAACCUUUUUCCAUGAACAGGAACCUCGUUCUGGUGUUGCCUGGUGCUAGAGCUGGUUCAGAGUUGGUUCAACAACUGGUUUCCUCCAUGAGUCUCAUCAUUAGCUGCUACAUUGGUUUUGUUUAGAUUCGUGAGAAAUUACAUUAAAUAAUUUUUAUUAUGUGUGCUUAUGUAUGUGUAUUAUAUGUGCAAGUUUCAUAUCUGAAAAUAUGAAUCUCAGUUUCACAAAAAAUAAUAUACCACCUCUUGAACACAUAAUUCAGUGUAGUAAAACAGGUUAUAGAAAGGUUUGUGAGACUUUUCAAAAGUUUGCUUUACAUUUUGUCAAAAUUCAGCAAUUAAUCUGUCAGUUCUUUUCUUUUUUAUUUAAAUUUUUUUAACAGAGGUUAGAAAGUGAUGAAAGUUUUCAUCAGUGUUUUCCAGAGCCCAAGAUGAUGUAAUGUUUUGUUACACAUGCCAAAGAUAUUUGGUUUGCAAUCUGAAUACUAUAUAUGAAUAUAGUAUUUAUGAUUAAGAAGCUUUAAUCAGAGACUCCAGACUUCUUUCUAAACAACAAACGAAAAAAUAAUCUUAAACUGGUUGCUACUCAUUGAUGGAUGGAGGAAUCUGGAUAAUUAUUCAGCCUCUUACACCAACAGUUCUUGGUUGUUGCACCAGCUCUGAUCAGUCACGGUUAGUGAGACAGAGCCAGUUUGAGUCUGAAAACACUACUUUAAGUGUAGAAAUGACAGCGCAGGGCUUUAAUGAAGAAAAAAUAUGAAAGGGAGAAGAUGUUUGGGUUCCCUGUCUUCUAGAAUAGCUGACAACUAUGACUGAAUAGGAAAUGAAAUGGUAUUACAAGAAAAAAAGAAUAAUUUGGACAAGUAAAUUUGAGAUGCAGAGAUGUGGUACUUGUUGCCCAGCUUCGAGCUCCAUCACAGAACAGAACUUUGUCAGUAUUAUGGGUUCUGACAGAGUGGGAUGUGUUAUUUAUCUUACUGUGUAGGUUCCUGCUGUGACACAGGAACAGUCCUGACAUUUCAUGAAUAUCUGCUUGAGAAAACUGUGGACACACUCCGUAAUUGCACUUGACACAUGCAGUUUGUACUCGUUUUAAUAGAAACCACUCAUUAUUUUAUGUCAGAAGGUGAUUGUUAUUGUGUUUGUCAGUGAUUUAUCGCGUCCAUGGUAACAUAUUAUAAAUGAAGGCCAAAAUGUCAUCGUGUCAUUUUAUUAGCGUUUCAGAUUUCAUGAUGAAAAUCCAUCGACAGCAAAACACGUUACGUUCUGUGUUAUUAUAUCGGGAAUAUACUCAUCAAGAAUCUGGAUUGCAUCUGGAAGUGAGACUGGUCUUAAACUAGAACACUGUGUGAAUAGUUGAACAUGUGGUUGGUCUUUACCAGGAAUAAUUCAAGGAACGCAGGAUAUUUGUAAAAAUGAUACUUUAGCCAUUUUUGGUGCUUCAGUCUUACCUCGUAUUUUAAUAUUAUGUCUGGAUGGUACUACUUUUAUAAGGAAAGCUAUACGCCUGAGAAGAAAUGUAACUUUUUCUACAAUAACUAUUAAUACAAAUAUUUUGCAUUACAGUUUUGUAUUAAGAUUCUUUUAUUAAAUUUUUUUCCAACAGUG